UAACAUUUUCAAUACCGAGAGAAUUUGUAUAGAUUUUACUGCCCAUGGUAUUGAAAGACUGCAAUAUUGGUAUUGAUAUAAUACCAAAUUUUCUUGUCUCAUGUUUGGCCGUUACACGACGCUCGCCCGGGAGCCAGUAGUGACUCUCCUUCAUUUCAUUCUCCUUUAUUUUUUUCCAUAAUUUUUUUCACAAUGAGUUCUACUAAACUAGUUCGGGUUUCAAAUAAUAUUAGGGGCAAGAAAUUAAUUUCAUCCGACGGAAAUUUUGAAGAAUUUCUAUCAUCAGUAAGAAGCAAAUUUGAGUUGGAUGAAGCAGAAAAUAUUACUUUCGUGGAUGAAUACGGUGCCGAGGUGGACUCUGAUGUUUUCCCAAUUUUGGUCAGCCUAGAUGGGAUUCAAAAUAUCAUAUUCAAGCUAGAAGAAGAGUCGUCAGUAUUGGAAAUUGACCUAAGCUACAAUAAUACAUCGCAAUCAAGUUAUUUUUUACCUGCGGCAGGAAAUAUUGGGCUUUCUCAAUCGUUUGGAAUAGGGGAUAAUUUUAAACAAAUUCUCCAAACCACGGUUCAACAAAACAAUGUAAUACACGGUAUUGUCGAAGAUUGCAAGAGUAAAGGCUUCGUGGACGAUAAAUCUUCGACAAUUCUCAUUAAUGAAUUUGUGUCAAAACUUAUAGAGAUAAAGGGAGACUCACCUGCGACGUCGGUGCAAAAACAAUUCGCCGCAGCAAUUGUUGAAAUUCUCCCCUGCUGGCGUUAUUCUGGCUCAAAAGAUGGCUUGGACAUUUUAUUUGACGAAGUCAGCCGGUCUGGACUUAUUCAGACCAGAUUGAGACGAAUUCAUCAAAUUCUCCACACGUCUCAAAAAGUGAAUUCUGCAAAAAAAACAAAGAAAAGAUCUACUAGUGGCCCCUGCGUUAAAACAGCAAGAAACGAAGAGCCAGCUGAUCAACGACCGACAAUAUGA